AUGUUCCGCCAAAGUGUUCGGCGAUUUGCCACUACAGCAGCUCGUGCUGCCCGAGAGGGAUCCACCGCAUAUGCUACCAAGGUGUCAACCUCCCAGGGCGUUGUCAAUGGAUUGACCGAAGCAAUUGGCAACACCCCUCUCAUUCGAUUGAAGAAGCUCUCUGAGCAGACCGGUUGCAAUGUUCUCGGCAAAGCGGAAUUCCAAAACCCCGGAGGCAGUGUGAAGGAUCGCGCGGCGCUGUUCGUCGUGAAGGACGCCGAGGAAAAGGGCCUCCUCAAGCCCGGUGGUACCGUCGUCGAAGGAACCGCUGGCAACACUGGAAUUGGACUUGCGCACGUGUGCCGGUCCAAGGGCUACAAGCUGGUCAUCUACAUGCCCAACACCCAGUCACAGGGCAAGAUUGACCUGCUCCGCCUUCUGGGUGCGGAGGUGUAUCCCGUCCCCGCAGUGGCCUUUGACAACCCCCAAAACUACAACCACCAGGCGCGCAGGCACGCCGAGUCCUUGGACAAUGCGGUCUGGACUAACCAGUUCGAUAACACUGCCAACCGCCAAGCUCACAUUGACACCACCGGUCCUGAAAUCUGGGCUCAAACCGAGGGAAAGAUCGACGCUUUCACCUGCGCUACCGGAACUGGUGGUACCCUGGCUGGUAUCACCCGCUACCUCAAGACUGCCAGUGAUGGCCGUGUCAAGAGCUUCCUUGCCGAUCCCCCCGGCAGUGUCCUCCACAGCUACAUCCAAAGCGGUGGCACCCUGAUUGACCGCUCUGGUAGCAGUAUCACUGAGGGUAUUGGUCAGGGCCGUGUCACCGAUAACCUCCAGCCUGAUAUCGACCUGUUGGAUGGCUCCGUGAACAUCAGUGACGAGAAGACCAUUGAAAUGGUUUACCGCUGCUUGGACGAGGAAGGUCUGUACCUCGGUGCCAGCUCUGCUAUGAACGUGGUGGCUGCUAAGGAAGUUGCUGAGAAGCUGGGUAAGGGCAACACCGUUGUCACCAUCCUCUGCGAUGGCGCAUACCGCUACGCCGACCGCCUGUUCUCCGGCAAGUGGCUGGAGAGCAAGAACCUGCGUGCCUCUAUCCCCAAGCACUUGGAGAAGUACAUCGUGCUUCCUUAA